AUGAACGAUUAGUUAAUUAUCUUUCUGUUCGAGAUCUCGAGUUGAUUUCCAGCAUCGUGGAUAUAGACUUUAAAGAAAUGCUUGCAUCCAAUGACAAAUCUAGAGAGCAUAGUUAGCGAUUACCGAGCACUCACUGAGCAAUUGCGCUACUGGAUAUUAGACGUAUGUACCUAUUCACAUCGCAGGUUUCCCCUGGAUGCAUUCCUGCACCGCUGUCGCGCAUUCACCGAAGGCGAGGCGACGGGCAAAUAUGGCCGUCUGACAAAACAUUCCAGGCAUAGCAGCGAUCAACGACAUCGUGUCGCUUUCGCUCGGACAUGUUGCGCGACGACGGCCACGGAACGACGUCAUCCUGACCGAAGUUUCUCGUUGUACGUGUGACGCAACGACGUUAACGCGAACGAGAGACCAGAGAGAGCGUGGAAGGUGCGCGGAGCUACGAUCAUCAUCAGUUUAUAUUCGUGGAAAAAAAGAAAAAUUAAUAGGCAUUCACUCCCGCUGGUGAUCCCGCUGACGAUCGCGAGGGUGGUCGGAUCGCUUCACGGUGACGCCGCGUGUGGUCGCGAGACGAUUUUGCGAACCGAUUUGUCCGACACGCGUCCUACGAAAACAGGAUAGAAAGGGCGAGAGAGACAGAGAGCGCGAGAGAAAUAGAGAUAAAGACAGGAAUUGAUCGUGCGAAAUCAUGACGAUUUUAUCAAAGAAGAAGACGAAUGCGCCGAAAGACAGGACGCGCGAGGGCGGCGCUGGUCCCGAGGUCGAUGUUCAUCACGGCGUAGUGCAGAACGAGCACAGUUCCAGCAGCAUCGCGCACCCGAACAGCCCUUAUCAGGUACGGAGCGCCAGCGGCUUCGCCGUCGAUCUGCACGGUGUCCAAAGCGAUCAUGGAUCCCACAGUGGUUCUCUUGUAUUGAGCGGCAACUCAUAUGAGACAAAUGUCGAUCGUCGUGAAGACAAACAUUUUGAGGAUGGGAGUGGUCCAAGUCAUGGUAAACGUCAUAGACAGAGAGUUAGUCCCCACAGCUGUAUUGGUAGACCUUCACGUGCAAAACGUGAACGGGAGAGGGACAGAGGCCGAGAAAGAGAGAGAGAGAGAGAACGUGAAAGGCAGGCUACUCCACCUGCUGCUUCUUGCAAUGGUUCACAAGGCACAGAUACUAGUGUAAGUGGAAGAGUAAGUAUUGUUGGAAACGCCUCGAAUUUGGAACAUGAAUUGGCAAAUGGUUAUAAUAGUGGAGAUGAAUAUACUGGACGUACUGAAAAUAAUCUUACAUUGGCUGAGUGGCAGGAAAGAGACAGAUGGUUUGAGAAGCGUCUGAAGAAAAAGGGUCUCAUGCUAAAAAAGAUGGCGGAGGAUGGAGCUUGUUUAUUUAGAGCGGUAGCAGAUCAGGUUUAUGGAGAUCAGGAAAUGCAUGGAAUCGUACGAAAGCACUGUAUGGAUUAUAUUGCUUCCAACCAAGAGUUUUUCUCGCAUUUUGUAGCGGAAGAUUUUAGCACCUAUGUAGACAGGAAGAGACAAGAAUAUGUUCAUGGGAACCACAUAGAAAUGCAGGCUAUGUCAGAAAUGUACAAUCGUAGUAUCCAAUUAUAUUGUUAUAGCACCGAACCUAUCAAUAUUUUCCAUACAAUGGUAGAAAGUGACAAUGAACCAAUUAGGCUGUCGUACCAGCGUGGCAGUCAUUAUAACAGUAUAGUUGAUCCAUUUAAAGCUACUAUAGGCGUUGGACUUGGUUUGCCAUCGUACAAUCCUGGCGCUGCUGAUCGUGCCCUGAUUUCGGAUGCAGUUCGUCAAAGUGAGGAAUUGCAUAUCGAACAGACAAUGCUGGAAGAUAAAAUAAAAGCUACCGAUUGGGAGGCGACUAACGAAGCUAUCGAGGAACAAGUAGCUAGGGAAAGUUAUUUGCAAUGGUUGCGUGAUAAUGAAAUGCGUAAAGCACGAUCAGCCAGUAGUAGCAGUACGAGCACAGUUACGAGCGCGCAACAUAAUCAUUCACACUUUCAUUCACAUGGAGGUCGUGGACAGCAGCGUAGCCAUACCUCUUCUCCGACCACGACACAAACUAGCCAAGAUAAUUUACGCAAUUCUCCGAAGGUCAGUGACGCGGUACGAUAUAGCAAAAGAUCGCCACAGCAUCAGUCAACCCAAGGAUCUAGUAUAUCCCAUCUGCCAUCGGAUUUCGAGGUGAAGAUGAUACCGCAAGAACCUGUGCCAGGAAGUAGCAAGGAAGCAAAUGCAUCACCCGAUAUUUCAUUAUUCAAUCGCCUUCCUCCUGAAGUAUUCGGUUUGACGGAUUGGGAAGAUAGCCAUAUACUUUCACAAGUGUUGGCAACAUCACAGCAAGAGUACUUGGAUAGUUUGAAGCAGUCACGCGUGUCUGCGUCCACUGGAAGCGAUAAUGCCAAUACGAUAGAGUCUAGUAACAGUUCUAUUAACAAUUCUUGAAAUGCAGUCGAAAACGACAAAGUUCAAAAGAUAUCAGAGAGAGUAAAGAUAUAUACAUUUAUAUAUUGCAAUAUUAUCUAAUCUCGUAUUGUGCUAGGGCAUAAAGCGAUUUGCUUUCUUAUCUGUGAGUAAAUGUUGCAAUAAUUACCACUUGGUUUCCCUUCCCAUCUUUUUUCUUCGUCUUUCUCAACAUAUAACAUACGUAUGAGACUUUCUUUCAGUACGUAUGUUGUAAUUGUUAGACGCUUUGUUAACACUUAUCAAAUAGCUGCAUAUUUUUUUCGUUAUGGGUAUCUUUAUAUUAUAGUAAAAUGGUCAAAAUAACUCGUGCAUCAUUUUUUCGAAACUGUAAUAAAGAAAUUAAUUUUUGUUAUAAUAACCUGCUGCCACGAUAUCUAUGUUGUACUUUUUUUGAGAUAUGACAUUCACACAACACACAUCUCACUGCAAUUUGUUUAGGCAAAAUAUAUAUUGUUUGAUAAUCGACGUGACGUUUUUUCUUGAUUACUAGUUUAGAAAAAAACGCUUUAGAAAAAUCUGCAUCAUAUUAUUUGUAAAAAAA